GAGAGGCAUAUAAAUUCAUUCAUAGAUCUCUAACUGCCACUAUUUGUACAUUUACUACCUCUUAACCUCCAUUUUCCCGAUCAUUAAAAUACAGAUUUAAAAAUAUCUUUCAAGUUAAUUUAUAAAAUUAUUUAUAUAUUAUCAAAAUGAAUCCCUUUGACAUUGAUUAUGAUUUCUUCUUAGACGGACAAGAUGUGGAUAGAAAUAACACAAAUGUGUCAAUGGAAGAUAAAAGUAGCUCCAUACUGAAAGCAGAAUUGCAAACCUUAAGAAUAUCUGAAGAAUCUGAACGCCAGCUGUACGAUACUUUAAAGCAUAUUUAUGGCCCUAGUUUUAAACUUUCUGAUGCAUCAGAAUUUGAAAAUAAAAAGUCCAAUUUAGACAAGCAAUAUUGGGUGGAAAGGGGCAAUUUGGUCAUUAAAGGAAUAGUUGAUUAUUCUUCUAAGGAUAGUACACCAAAAACCGAAGAACAAAUUACUAGGCAAUUUGCAACAUCCAAACUUGAAAGUUAUGGUUUUCAUCAAUCGCACUGCAAUGAAGCGCUAUUACAUGCAGAGGGUGAUGUAGGGAAAGCUUUGGAAAUAUUGUUUUAUAAAUAUUAUGGAUUGGAAAAUAUAGCAAGAAACAAGAUACACGAUGAUAUUGAUACAAUAGAUUUAUUAGAAAGAAAGAAUGAGGAAAAAGAAGCACUCGAAUCUAUUUAUGGGAAUAUGUUUACUGAAAAAAUAAAAAAUCAAAUUUGGAUUGUACAAGUUAAAUUGGAUUAUUUAGUAAGAAAUGAUGAAAUAGGACAUGAAAUUCAAAGGAUUAGGCACAAACAAGAAAAGGGAAGGGAAAGAGAAGUUUGCAGAUUAUUUAUUCAUAAAAGAUGUAGAUUUGGAAAUAGAUGUAAAUUUUUACAUCAACAACCACAAGUAUUAAGAAUGCCUGAAAGAGAGAAUCCGAGUUUUACCCUAGAAAUAAGAUUUCCUGAAGGUUGUAAAUAUCCUUAUGAACCACCAUAUUUUUAUUUGUAUAAAAAUGAUGGUACAUUUCCAAGUAUAAAUUGUUUAAGAAUAGCAAGAAGGUUGUAUGAAGAGGCAUUAUCGAUAUCUGCAUAUGGAACACCUUCUAUUUUUUCAAUAAUAUCUCUUUUGGAAAAUGAAUAUGAUAUAAAAAGAUAUUUAGCAGAAAAUACAGAACAAUUUCUAGAUCAAAGUGAAUUACUAUUUCAAAAACACAUAGAAAAUGAAGAUGAAACAAAUGUAGCUACUCAUUACGAAUUAGGGUCUAUACAUAGGAAAAACAGAAAUAGUAUUAGUUGGGAAAGAAUAUUGAAAGAAGAUGAUCUAAUUGAAAAAAAUUUUAAAGAGAAACUAACAAAUCCCAGAUAUAACAAGAUGAUAGAAAUUAGGGAAAGGUUGCCUGCAUGGUCAAAGAUGUAUGAAAUUUUAGAUGUAAUACACAAAAAUCAAGUGAUCAUAAUUUCUGGUGAAACAGGAUGUGGUAAAAGUACACAGGUGCCACAAUUUUUAUUAGAUGAUUGGAUUAUUAAUAGAUCUGCAUCCAAAGAACAUAUUAACAUAAUAUGCACACAGCCACGAAGGAUAAGUACAAUAGGAGUAGCAGAAAGGGUUGCAACAGAAAGAAAUGAACGCAUAGGUGACACAGUAGGAUAUCAAAUACGAUUAGAAAGUAAAAUUUCUAAUAGAACUAGAUUAACAUUUUGUACAACCGGAAUUUUGUUGCAAAGAUUUGCUGUGAAUCCAGAAUUAUCAGAUGUUACACAUGUUAUUGUAGACGAAGUUCAUGAAAGAAGUGCAGAAAGUGACUUCCUUUUGAUGCUAUUAAAAGAAUUACUGUCCAGAAGACCAAAUCUGAAAGUAAUACUUAUGAGUGCCACUCUUAGAAGUGAGAUCUUUUCCACAUACUUUAAAGGAGCUCCCAUUUUAUGUAUACCAGGAAGGACGUUUCCUGUAGAACAAAUCUUUGUGGAAGAUAUAUAUGAAAGAACGAAUUAUGUUCUAACAGAACAUUCAAGAGCUACGCGUAAAUAUAAAGGUGGUUUGGAGCAACUAGAAAUUAGCUAUGGUAUCGCAUCACAGCUUGCAGCUCGCUCUAGUUGUUACGUAGUUGAAGAAUCUAGAGCUGAUGAAGAUCUAGACUUUGAGGGAAUUAUCAGAAGAUAUAAGGGUUAUAAUAGCCAGGCACAGAAAAAUUUAUAUUAUAUGGAUCAUAAUGCAAUUAAUUAUGAACUUAUAGAGGCAACAUUGCAGUGGAUUACUUGUGGAGAACACAAUUAUCCUAAAACAGGUUCCAUCUUAGUAUUCUUACCCGGAUUUGCUGAAAUUAUUACAUUGAAAGAUCGAUUGAAUAAGAAUGAGUAUUUUUCGCCAAAGACUGGAAAAUUUAUUAUUAUAUCAUUACAUUCAUCUUUAUCUAAUGAAGAGCAAAGCUUAGUUUUUAAAAAAUCUAUUGCUAGAAAAAUUGUAUUAAGCACAAAUUUAGCUGAAACGUCUAUUACUAUAGAUGAUUGUGUCUUUGUAAUUGACAGUGGAAAGAUGAAAGAAACUAGAUUUAAUUCGAACCAAAACAUGGAAAGUUUAGAAAUGUGUUGGGUAUCACGAGCAAAUGCAUUACAAAGAAAAGGACGCGCCGGACGUGUAAUGCCUGGAGUAUCUAUUCAUUUAUAUACCUCGUACAAGUUCAAAUACCACUUUUCAGCACAGCCAGUACCUGAGAUAUUACGAAUUCCGUUAGAACCACUGUUAUUACGUAUUCAACUUCUACAUAACGGAACAAAAGUUGACUUACAUGAAGUUUUAGGCAAAAUGUUGGAACCACCAACAGAAGAAAAUAUCAGUAGUGCAAUUAAACGUUUACAAGAUGUAGGAGCAUUUAAUUCCGAAUGUACAUUAACCCCACUAGGUCACCAUCUUGCGGCAUUGCCUGUAAAUGUACGAAUCGGAAAAUUAAUAUUGUUUGGAGCAAUCUUCUGCUGUCUUGAUUCCGCACUUACUAUAGCAGCAUGUUUAUCUCAUAAAAAUCCAUUUCAUAUACCUUUUGAAAAAAGACACGAGAUUGAUGCAAAAAAACAAUUUUUUACUGCCAAUUCUGAUCAACUAACUAUUCUCAAAGCAUAUAAGAAAUGGUUAGAAGCAUAUACACGCAAUACUAGUGCAGGCCAUGCUUUUGCAAAAGAAAACUAUCUGUCUGUGCGUACGCUAUAUUCCUUGGCAGAUAUAAAGUAUCAGUUAUUAGAAUUGUUAGUUUCAAUCGGUUUUGUCCCCGUUAAUUUACCUAAACGACAACCAAAUGUUGACAAGAUUAUAGAAAUUACUGGAUUUGAACUGAACAUCAAUAAUGAUAAUUAUAAACUUCUCCAAGGUUUACUUUGUGCAGCUCUAUAUCCUAAUGUAGUAAAGGUUCUUUCGCCAGAAAAAUUUUUUCAAAUUCAGCUUGCUGGGGCAGUUCCAACACAGACGAGACCCGAACAACUUAGAUUCCAAACUAAAAAUGAUAGUUUCGUUAGUAUUCAUCCAUCCUCGGUCAACUUUCACGUUGGUUAUUUUACUAGUCCAUAUUUAGUAUUUCAAGAAAAAGUGAAAACAAGUAAAAUAUUUAUUAAAGAAGUAUCAAUGGUACCAAUUUUACCACUAAUAUUAUUCUCUGAUUACGAAUUAAAAAUAGAAGUGCAUGAUGGAAUAUUUAUUGUAUCAUUAGAAGAUGGCUGGAUGUUAUUUGAUGUUGAAUCUCAUAGGGUGGCUCAACUUUUGCAAGGAAUGAGAAUGGAAUUAGUCAAAUUAUUAGAGCAAAAGAUGAGGGAACCCCUUCUGAAUCUAUUAAAUCAUCAAAAUGGAAAAAAAAUUAUCCAAACAAUUGUAAAUGUAGUCACGAGAGAAUAAAAUAUUAUGUCGUGAAUUUUUUAAACAUAAAUCAUAAAUUAGUAAAAAAAAAUAUUGUAAUUCAUAUAUUAUGCUAUACAAAAUAAUUGUGUGUAAUUGAUAUAUAUAAUAAUAUU